UCAAAACAUUAAACAACGUAAAUCAAAAUGAAGUGAAUUCCCGCACGAUAACAUUGGAAUUUUUUUAAUUAUUUUUAAUUCAAUCUUUAUUAAAGGCAUUUGAAGUGCAUACACAUAUGUAUUGAAAUGUUUAUAGAGCAAUAUUAUGCUCAAGGAACGUUGUGUUAAAUCAAAAAACUAAGUUCUUGUUUUCAUUAUGUUUACGUUAUGGUCAUGGGUGUUCUCUUUCAGGGUGCAAAUUCUCAUGGCCAGCUAGGCCUUGAUAAGGUUAGUGAACAAGUGGAUACACCUACUAAAAUCUUAUCAAAUGAUUGUAGUAACGUAAAUCAAAUUGCUUGUGGAGGGGGACAUACCCUUCUUUUAGAUGAUGACGGAAAACUUUUUGCAUGCGGUUGGAAUUCCAAAAAGCAAUGUGGCCUAGAAAACGAUGUGCACAAAUUUCAAAGGGUAUGGUCUUUGAGCGGUAUCAAAUUUACAAAUAUCUCAUGUGGUUGGGAUUUUAGUUGCGGUGUUACCGACGAUAAAUUCUUAUUUGUUUGGGGAUCCAAUAGCCAUGGGCAGUUGGGAUUACCUAAAGAGCAGUUUCCCGAAGCAAUAAAACCUAUUAGAUUACAUGUAAAUGCAUGUGCUGUAUCAAUGGGCUUGAGGCAUACUGCUAUUAUUAACUCAAAGGGUGAAGUAUGGAUUACAGGAUGUGGUAAGCAUGGACAACUUGGUCUUGGUAAAGAUGUGCUUUUUUCAGAUAGAUUCCAAAAAGUACCAAUAACAAAUAGACUAACACAUAUAGCUUGUGGGCAGAAUCACACAGUAGCUUGGUGCUCAGAUGAUAAAGCUCUGUAUGUUUGGGGAGAUAAUAGACAUGGUCAAUUAUUAUUGACUUCUGAAAAGUAUAAAAAGAUUUACAAACCUGAGAAAAUUGAUAUUGACGUCAAGCAGAAAGUUAAGAAGCUUCUUAGUGGAUGGACCAAUGUUUUGCUGUGGUUAGAAGAUGGCCAGCUUCUUACAUGGGGUAGGAAUAACUAUGGCCAACUUGGUACAGACAAGCCCUUUGAUGGGAGCAUCAUUCACAUUAAGUUACCAGAUGGUAGACAAGUUAAAGACAUUGUAUUGGGAUCAGAACAUACAAUUUGUCUUGCAACAGACAAUUCCCUGUGGGCCUGGGGAUGGAAUGAACAUGCAAAUACAGGAACAACAUCAGCGGAUUUAGUAUAUUUUCCAACAUCAAUACCUUUAGAUAAUGUUAAUGUGAGAGUAAGCCAAAUAUAUGCAGGAGGUGCACACAAUUUUAUGGUAACUCAUAAUCAAGAAAAGAAGAAUGACAAUAGCAUGAGUUAAUAUGAGUACUGAUUUAUUAUCUUUAACUGUUUUUUUUACUACAUCUAUUGCAAAGAUAUUUCAUUAGUAUCAGUUCAACAUUGUGUUAAACAAUUAGUAUACUUAAUACAUAUUUGGUGAUAACCUA